CGAGCAGCAAGCAUGAGCUUGGCAACACGUGACCCUGAGUGUCCAGACCCUGUGAUCUGAACCGUGUCUUCAGCUGACUUCCCAGCGGCGAGGCACUGUUGAUCCUGUACCAUGGAGGACUGCCUUCACACCUCCUCCGAAAACCUUUCCAAGCUGGUGAGCUGGGCCCACAGCCAUGGGACCAUCUGCAGCCUCAUCCCCAACCUCAAGCACCUGCUCUCCGAGGGGGCCCACGGCAACCUGACGGCCAUGUGGGGCUGUAGUGCUGCCAUGCUGGGGGUGCCCUCGGAGGCGCAGGCCAGCCCCCUGGAGCGCUACCCGGGUCGGCCAGGGAAGGCCAAGCUGGACUGCACCCGCACCCGUGACUCCUGUGACUUCUCCUACUGCAGCGAGCCAUCGGAGCUGGGCGAGCCCGUGGAGGAGUACGAGGAUGAGGCCACCCUCUUCGACAUGGUCUGCGAUGCUGCCACCACCGAGGCAGCGGCACAGUCGAUGCCAGACCAGGAUGAGAGAGCAGCGGAGCUCAGCAGGGAGCAGAAUGAGAAGACCAUUCGCAGCACGCAGACAGCUCUCCGCAAUUUCCGAGAGUUCCUCAUCUCCAAAUACCCCUCUGAGACCCGGGAGAUCUAUGUCAUCCCCUGCAAAGAGCUUGAUGCCUACCUUGCUUCCUUCUUCGUGGAUGCCAGACAAAAGGAUGGGUCUGAAUACGAGCCAAACAGUCUGGCCAACUAUCAGUGUGGGCUGGAGCGGUAUCUCAAAGAACAUAGGUAUGGAUACAGUAUUACGAGGGAUAAGGAGUUCAAGAGGUCCCAGGAGGCUCUAAAGCAAAAGCAGAUAGAGUUGAGGUGUAAAGGAAAAGGAAAUAAGCCACACAAAUCCAUGAAGCUUACCUUUGCUGACGAGCUUAUCCUGCGCAAAAGAGGCUUAUUGAGCCGGUACAAUCCCGAGGGGCUGCUGAAACUUGUCUGGCUAAAACACCACAACUGCACAGGUUUCCAUGGGUCCACCCUCAAAUGGGGAGACAUCCGGCUGCGGGUGACAGAGACCGGGUUGGAGUACCUGGAGUGGAUGGGGCCAGACAACGGAGAUGUCAACGCCAAGAGCAAGAGAGGCGGGACAGACUCCCGGGUGUAUGCCACCCAGCACUCCCCACAGACCUGCCCUGUGCAAGACUACAAGGAGUACGCCCAGAGGCGGCCUCCAGCCAUGCGCUACGAGGACGCGCCUUUUUACCUGUCCAUUAAACCCGUUGUCAACCUGGCUGCGCUUCACUGGUACAAUUGCCAAGCCCUGGGGAAAAACAAGCUUGCCAAGAUGGUAAAGACGAUGUGCGAGAAAGGCAACAUCCCUGGCAGGAAGACCAACUUCAGCGUUUACCAGAGCUGUAGCACCCUCUCAGAAGCGCAGAGCAACCAGCUGGUGCUGAUCUGCAAUAACUUGAGCCAGCAGGCUGCCCAGUCCAUGGCGAGCCACUCCAAUACUGGCAACUUCAUAGUGUCGGCAUCCUAUGACUCUUCCUCCGACACGGCUUGAAAGAGGGGUAUCACCUGAACACUUUUUUCUUUUCCUUAUUGUUUCAAGCAUUGAAUUUGUGCCCAGUAAUACACACCAACUGUGAUUGUACACUAUUCCCCCAUAGCCCUCUCUCCAGUGUUAAUU